AAGGUAUGCCCACCGUGAAGCUUAUCUCUUGGUUGUUCUCCAUUUAACACCUUGCUUCCUUCCUUCCUUCCUAACUUUGAGCUUGAGGGCUAGUUUUAAUUAUUCUCUCCAUCGAUCUUAAGAUUAUUAGGCUUCGAAUUCCUUGACAAAGAAAGAGAGAGCAACAGAGAGAGAGAGAGAAGCAUGAAGGAUGGAGCUCUGAAAUGAUUCAGCCAUGAACCUUUACAAGGAUCAACAACAGCAAAAAGAAGAUAUAAUGGAGCUUUACCUUGGUUACUUUGAAAACAAUAUGCACCAUGUUGGAUCUUGUGCAAACAGUAGGAGCCAUAUAUCUCCAUUUCGAGCCUCAAGUAGGAUGGGCAUGUGUGAAGAAAAUCACCACAUUGGCAUGUGGGAGGACUCAUUCAAAGCUGAUAGCAGUCAAAAUACAUGCGCUUCAACUGUUAUGGAGUCAGAUAUGCGAAUUGACUAUUUGCUAGAAGAUAUUCCUCUCAAGGCACUAGGAAAACCAAAGAAAUAUGACCAUAAAGAAAACAAGACUUCAGAUAAGGUAUUGAGACGGCUGGCACAAAAUCGAGUGGCUGCUCGAAAAAGUCGACUGCGGAAAAAGGCUUAUGUUCAGGAGUUAGAGUCAAGUCGUUUAAAACUCGCCCAACUAGAACAGGAGGUUGAGAAGGGCAGACACUUGGGUAUGUACACAAUAGGUGGGAAUAUGCGAGGAUCACCCCUUGGGGUGCCUGGAAGCGUCAAUAUAGGGAUUGCUGCUUUUGAAAUGGAAUAUGGACACUGGGUUGAAGAACAAAAUCGACAAACAUGUGAACUUAGAGCUGCACUGCAGGCAAAUAUGUCUGAUUUGGAGCUUCACAUGCUUGUUGAGAGUGGAAUGAGACAUUAUGAUAAUCUUUUCCAAAUAAAAUCCAAAGCUGCUAACUCUGAUGUCUUCUAUCUUAUGUCUGGCAUGUGGAGAACAUCCACUGAGAGAUUUUUUCUUUGGAUUGGUGGAUUUAGGCCCUCAGAGCUUCUGAAGGCACUCUACCCACAGCUUGACCCUCUGUCGGAGCAACAAAUGACUGCUGUCUGCAGCCUGCGGCUAUCUUCACAACAAGCUGAAGAUGCACUGUCUCAAGGACUGGAAAAACUUCAGCAAACUCUUUCUGAAACUCUGACAUGUAACUCCUUAGGCACAUCUUGUGUUUCAGGUUACAUGGGACAAAUGGCAAAUGCCAUGGGAAAGUUGGAUGCUCUUGUAAGCUUUCUGAACCAGGCUGACCACCUGAGACAGCAGACUUUGCAGCAGAUGCACAGUAUCCUCACAACCCGUCAGGCGGCACGAGGUUUGCUUGCAUUGGGCGACUACUUCCAACGACUCCGUGCCCUUAGUUCAUUAUGGGCUGCUCGACCUUGCAAACCUGCUUCAAAAAAAUCAGAUCAGAUCAGAUCCCAUUGGUGAAUUGUCAUUUCAAAAAUCGCAAACCAAAUCAACUGGAACUGGGCCAGGGAAUGGACAUUAACAAAAUGGUUCGUAGCCUCCAUCCGGAUCAUUAUCCUAACAAGUAUAUACAACACAAAUUGCAACAAGUGCCGUAGUGUAGAUGAUCUGUAAAAAUAUAUCUGAUGGUUCUGUAGCUUGUUUAUGAACAUGCCAUUUGUUAUUGUUGCAGCUCCAUUUUCAGUAUAAGGACAUUAAGUUGCCCAUGAACUGGUAUUCCAUAUCAGGAACAAACAGCUCUUUCCCAGUAUAUAUAAAAUGUUUGUUAUCGGAUAUGUUUACAUUGGAA